CUUGAAUCGUAGGUGGCGCUAAUGUCUGUUUCAUUCCACACAUAAUAAGAGGAAGACGCAUUCAUCUCCAGUGUCGUAUUAAAACAUUUCGAAAAUAAGUUGUGAUGGCGGAGUGCGGCUUGUGUGGAAACUCUUUGAGGCUGGUGCUACUUGGGAAUACUGGAGUAGGAAAGAGUGCAGCAGGAAAUGCCAUCCUGGGCAAAACACAGUUUAAAUCUUCACUCAGUCCCACCUCAAUAACAACGGUGUGUGAGAGGGGAGAAGAAGAAGUUGCAGGGAGACGUGUUGUUGUGGUCGACACUCCAGGCUUGUUUGACACAAAGCUCCCCAGUAAGGAAGUUCUAAGUGAGAUGGUGAAAUGCAUUCAGAUGUCCUCUCCGGGACCCCAUGCUUUCCUCCUGGUGAUAAAGGUGGGUCGAUACACUGAGGAAGAGCAGAAAACUAUGCAGAUAAUCCAGGAGAUGUUUGGUGAGGAUGCUUUGAAAUACAUGAUGGUGCUUUUCACUCAUAGGGAUAGUCUGGAUGAUGAACAAAUUGAGGAUGUUGUUAACAACGAUCCCACAGGCUUCAAGAAGCUGGUAGAGUCGUGUGGGAACAGGUUUCAUGCAAUCAAUGGAAAAGACCUAAAGGAUCGGGAGCAGAUCUACAAACUUAUGGAGAAAGUAGAGAACAUGGUGAAAAAAAACAACAUCCCCUUCUACGCCAGCGAGUUCUACGAGCAGAGAAAGGAAACUGAAGCGAAACACCAGAAGGAAAUUGAAGAUCUUAAGAAGAAGAAUGAAGAGGCAAUGGAUGAUCUUAAGAAGAAGAAGAAUAAAGAAAUUGAUGAUCUUAAGAAGGAGUAUAAAAAGGCAAUUGAAAAGUUGCAACAGGAGAAAGGAUGUUGUAUAUCGUAGCAUUGUAGAUUGUAAGAUCCUUUCCAAAGAAUGAAAUGGCUCCUUCUUAUGCCAAUGACCACUAAUGACCACCCGUUGGAUACUGGAAGGUGAUACCAGUAACAGGCUGGUUUUAUGAUCCAGACAAGGCAGUAGAAAACAGAGUUCUUUGACAUUCUGUUCGAAGCCAUUUACUAAAUCAUUCUAUUGAAACUUGCAACUAAAUUGGCUAUUACAGUAUAACAUGAGCACUCUGCAGUCGUCACUCAGCAGUGAAUAGUCAAAAUCCUAUUGCCCUCUGGCAUCAGAAGUUUAAUAAGACAGAUAUUGACUGCCGUUUUCACCUUAUAGAGGAUAACUGUUCCCUGUGGGUUUCAAAAGGUGACAUUUGUUGAGCAAUAAAUUAUAACUUUGCAGUGUUUGAUUUCUGUGCUGUUUAAUAAAUGUCACACUAUUCCAAUAUAAAUUCAAUCACUGUGCAACGUUUGAUUUCUGUGCUGUUUAAUAAAUGUCACACUGUUCCAAUAUAAAUUCAAUCACUGUGCAACGCUUGAUUUCUGUGCUGUUUAAUAAAUGUCACACUGUUCCAAUAUAAAUUCAAUCACUGUGCAGUGUUUGAUUUCUGUGCUGUUU